AUGUUUGAAUUAUCGGCUGGUCCGAACCCGUUUCCGGACUUUGAAGAAGCUUUGAGAGUAAUCAAAAUAGACGACACUCAUUAUGUGGGAGCACAUCCAUUACGAUUACCAAUACAAGGCGCAAGAGGUGUUUAUGGAGGACAUAUGAUGGCACAAUCUUUAUUAGUAGGUAUUGAAUCUACAAGAGAUGAAAAAACAAAUAAAGUUUUCGUACCUGAUUCAUACCAUCUGUAUUUUAUUGGAGCAGGAAAUGCCAAAGUUCCCAUGGAUUAUACAGUUGAAAAAUUGUAUGAUGAUGAAAAUAUAAGUAAACGAUAUGUUAUUGCCAAACAAAAGGGGAGACAUCGUUUGACGUGUUUGGUAACUUUGAGAAGACCUAAUAGCAAACCUGUCCAUGAUUUUGAUGUUAGUCCCCCAGUACCUAAAAUCCAAUUGAAGUAUCCCAACCCAGAUGAAUUAUAUCAAGUUCAACAUACAGAUUUUGUUAGAAAUGCAUUUGGGAAAGAACUUAUUGAUUAUAGAGAAUGCCCAGAAGAAGAUAAACAAGCACCAGCAGAAAGGUGGGUGACAGUAUUUAGUGGAAUAAGUAAUCAGCCUCAACCUAAUGCAAGAUAUGAUACUAUCGUGGAGCCAUUUCCUGAUGCUCAAGGUACAAUUCAUACAUUGGAGAAAAAUAUAUUAAGACCACGAGAUACUCAAUCAUUUAGAGAUCCCAUGUAUAAUCUUGUUGGUUUGACGGAUUUAUCUGAUUCUGCAUUUCUUACCACCAUGGCUAGAGUUUUACAUCUUCCUUUUGCACGUUCCUUACAGGUUGAUGGUACAUAUGAUCCAUCUACAGAUGCCACUCAUAUAAUGAGACGUAGUCUUAAUGUCCAUCAAAUUGUACACUAUAACGCAAUGAGUUUGGAUCAUCAUAUUUAUUUUCAUAGCACUUCAGAAGAUGAUGAAUCUGGUUUUGAUAUUUGUAAAGACUGGUUGACAUUUACUUAUCAAAUGAAAAGAUUAUCUAAUAAUAGAUGCAUGGUUCGUGGUUAUAUUUUCAAUGAGAAACAUAAAUGUAUUGCUACUGUUAUUCAAGAAGGAUUGACAGUGUUUCAUAGUGUUUUGUAA